CUCGAGCGGGCAAAUUACGAUUACCUCAUGGACCCGUUGAUACUCCAGUAUUUAUGCCAGUGGGAACUCAAGGAACGUUAAAAGGCAUAACACCAAAACAACUGGAAGACUUGGGUUGUCAAAUAAUGUUGAAUAAUACAUAUCAUUUGGGCUUAAGACCAGGACAAGAAUUACUUGAACAAAUUGGUGGCUCGCAUAAUUUUCAAAAUUGGA